GAUAAGCCGCAGCUGGGUGAACAGGUAGAGAAGUGUGGAAACAUGGUGAUAAGAAAAGACAGAUGGACAAAAGUAGCGGGAGAAAAUCUCACUUUGGUAGACUUGAGAAAGGGCCUGCCUGCAAGUCAGCAUCUCCUAAGCUUGAUCGCGACGAACCCAAGUCUGAGAAACUGCUGGACAAGGCCAGUGAGAGCGGAGCAUCGCUCAAUGAGCUCUCCACCUCCAGCUCUGAGACCCAUUCUGAAGCCACUUCGCCCCAGGACCACGAACCCAUCUUAGUUUCACGCGGCGAGGUCGUUGGAGGUACAAGAGCCCCGUGCGGAGCCCUGCAUUCUGUGUCCCGUCCUCCAAGCACUCUCACUCUGGGUCGACCGUCUAAGAAAGGCUCCUCGGUUCAGUGGAUGGAGUUACCGGAUAAGAGGAGGAACAGCGAGCUCUUCCAGUCCCUCACCAGCGGGGUGGGUAUGCGGGAAAGCGGGGGGAGCGGUCUGACCCGCAGGAAGACACUGGAGAGGCCCAGCCCCGAGGAAGAAAUGAAACAGUGUAUCCAAGAUUUCCGAAAGAUCAAGAUCCCCCAGGCGUUCCCAGAGCGCAAGCGCCAGUGGCAGUCUGAACUGCUUCAGAAGUACGGUCUAUAAUUUUUUUCAAAAAUGAUGUUUGUUUAGUGAACCCUUGAAGGCCUUGAUACACAUUGAUAACCAGAACUUUAUAACCAACUAUUAGAAAAAAUGUUGAGACUGGGAGUAUGGGAAUCGACCUAACUAAAUAUUUCAUUUUGUUUGUGGAGAAUUGUGAAGAUUGACAGGGCAAUUUAUUUACUUUAGAAGAAAGUGAAGAAAUUGGAAAAAGAACUCAAAUAUACCGCUCCGCUGUCCAGAGAUCGUGUAUAUACUCUUGAACUGAUUCCACCGUCUUUGGUGUCCGAGCCGAAGUGAAUCCCCAAUGUGUUCACUUGAAUCUACAGCAGGGGUUCUCAACCUUUCUUGGUUCUUGACGAAUUAUGUUUUCAACUAUUUAUUUAGAAUGAGAUCCUUAAGUGUAUAUCUUAGAAAACUUCUUAAUUAUUGACUCUGUCGUGUCUCCAUUUGUGUCUUAUAACCCAUUUUGGGCCAGCGCUGCUACACAAAGGGGAGUAUGUCGUUCUCAAACUAUGAAGUGCUGUUAUGGUCUUUGGGUUUCAACUUUGGUCUGGGUCAUGUGCCAAUCCCUUCAUUCUCUCUACCCCUUCUUGUCAGUCCACUGUCCUGUCUAAAAAAGAUAAAAAGAUAAGAAUCAAAAAAAUAAAAUGUACAUCGACUUAAAAAAAAGACAAUUUCAUUGAGAUCCAUCCCGCUGUUUUGAAUAUAAGAAUUGUCGAUCUCCUCUUCACUUAGUUCAGCCCCACAUUAAGUGAACUAUGCCUUUUAAUUCAUGUGGGUCUGUUAUUGGUUUUUAAAAGUAAACCAUAAAUAAGAUACAGAGAGAUAACAAAGUAUGAUGACUCAUCUCUCAGAAUACAGGAGUCACCCGUGUCGAUUGACAGUGAUACAAGUACAUUUGUGUCUUUAAACAAGACUUGUAGAUGGCAAAAAGACAUUUGUAUCGUUUUUGUUAACACAAGAGAUAAAAGGGAUGGAGAAGUAUUAAUAUCCAGGAUUUUAUUGGUAAAGUGCCAUUGACAGAAUCUUCAUUCAGUACACCACGGUUUGGUUAUACUAGUAUGGCUACUGUUUUGAAACGGCAUGUUGUCUCUGUAACACACUGUAUGAGUUUAUUUUUUAUACGGCAGGUCUGAUGGGAGCAACUACAGCAGAGAGAUGAUAUUAAAAUAUAUUGUUGUUCCGACUGUCAUUCAGUUUGGUUCAGUACACUCGGCGAGGAUGUGGCUGUCAUUUCUGUACAUGAAUACAGAAAUUCUGUACAAGAAGAGCUCAUAAAUUUCUCAUAAAUAACCAAACGGUUUGUGUACAGAAUGAGAAUGAAAGCCAUGUUUAGCUGCAGCGUAUGAUUUAGGUGAAAUGUCUUAUCUGUUUCUUUUGACAACAUGAAUAGAAAAACAUAGCUAUAUAUUUGCUGAGAUUAAAUUAGAAUGAGUUCUGCAAUCAUGUGUUUUACAUCAGAUCAGAUUUGUAAAUCAACAGAGAUACGGUACACGGUAUUAUAUGACAAAGCAAGUUUAAAUUAAUAAACUGGAUUUGUGUAAUAGGCCAUUUGAACAUCGAAUUCCCAUUGAUUUCAGUGUUAAAUGUUUUUUUCUGGAUGUGUUUUCUUCUGGAUGGCGCCUGAAAUUGUUCCCUGGCUAUACAUGGCAGAUUUUUGGGACAUUUUGUUAAGUGGAUUUCAUUUUUAAAGUGGUUUGUGUUCAUGUGUGCUGUCAAUAAGCAGUCUUUUGUGUCAAUUUAUGGAGUAAAUCGUAAUAUUAUCAGGUUAUUUUGAAUCUAACAAAAGAAAUAAAAACAGGAAAUUUUUCACUAUAAAGCGUUCCCCAGAAGGUUUGUUGUAGGUUCAAGACAACGGGUUUCACAGGACCCUGUUUGGUCUCCAGAAUAGAUCUGUAAUGAGAAAUCUUGCGUCUGCUCAACACAGACGAGCCAAGAUUUUAUAAGGAAAAUACCAACAACUAUUCCAAAAUGUCGUUCCUCGUCAUCUCUGGAAGGAUCUAUUGGCUUAAAUGUCAGAAGUCAAUAAUGUCAGUGAUGCAUUUUCAUCUUUACAAAGUAACGAAUUUGAGAAGUAAGUAGAUGGUAGCCAUCCAGAUGUAUAUGCACGUUUUUACGCACGUUUAAAGCACAUUAUUCUAUAAAUUCUGGUUUGAGAUGUGACGUCUCGAUCCCAGAACACAGGUUUGAAAAGCACAAGGCCCAGCUGACUCUGUUAGUCUAGAAACAUGUUGAAUGGGUUUAAAUCAUGACUUCAUGUACUGUGAAACCAGAAUUUGUAAAGACAUUUGUUGUUAUUUAUUAGUUUUUCUCAAUGUCCUCAAAUAAAAGUG